GUUACUACUAAUGCCUAUAGGCUCUGUUUCCCCAUCAAGGAUGGAAUCAAGGCCGAGCGAUCUCUCCUCUCAUAAGCUUUAUCUCUCUCUCAUCAUCCAUAUCUUUUCUCCGAUAUCUCCACCUCUUCUUGAUUCGCUCCUCUAUAGAGUUUCCUACAAGAUUAAGAGUCUCGUCUUUCUGCUGCUUUGUCUGAGCACACUAUUCUCUUGUCUGCUUCAGGCACGAUGAUCAGCAAUGCAACUGCAAAUGCGUCUAUUUCAUGCACGCUAAGCUGACCUCGCCUGUAAUAUUGGCUAUUCUGAC